AUGAUCGGGGUGGAUCUGAUACGAUAUAUAAUAAUUUGAGUGAAUUUGUUGUUUUCUUUACUUUCAGCUGGGGUUUAUUCUUUUCCUUAAUUUCCAAGAAUCGUCUCUCUCUCUCUUCUCUCUAUUCUCCAAUUCCCAAAUUUCUAAAAGAAGAAGCAACGAUGUGGUUGGAGAUCAUCUGCGGUCUCGUCAUCUACCAACUCGUCCGCCGUUUCUUCUCCGACGACGAGUUCUCCGACGUGGAGACUUCCGAUUCCACUGCUCUCUUCUCCGUUGCUCACAGACUCGAGAAGCUUUAUGGUGGAAAAGCUUAUGUAGGGCUUCGGAUUCCAGAUUCAGACACUGCUUCUAGACAGGACAUUGAUGUUGUUCUCGUCACUUCUAAAGGAGAAGUGUUAGUCGUCGCUGUGAAGAAUCUAUCUGGGAUUGUUACGGUAACGAGUGAUGGUAGCUGGGUUUGUGAAGGUGGCAAGCAUCAUACAACUGAGACUUACCCUGACCCUCUGGCUCAAGUCAAGAAACAAGCUUCAGUUCUUGAAUCAUAUCUUGAACAGAGGGGUGUUACUUUACUAGAAGGAAAUGUGUCUUGCAAAGUUGUGAUUCCUAAUCCAAGUUUCCGUACAAUUCAUGCAUUCCCGAGUGAGGUAAUUACCUAUGAAGAGUGGCAACACCUGAAACCAGUAUCAAGAGGCAAACUUUCUGGUUGGGUUAAAGGCGCAUUCAGCACAGGAAAAGAGAUGCAGGAAUCGUCGCAUCAAAAACUUAAUUUCAUCCUUGGCACGGCACCAAUGUGGGAUAGGGUGGAGCUUAAAAGUAGCAAAAUUGUGUUAGGGGAGUUCCUCGAGUUUAAAGGAAAGCAGGAAGAUACCCUGGCUUUAAGAAAUAUCAAAAGAUCAAAAGUCGACCAUGUCUCUAUUCAGAAAACAAGCAUGUUUGGAUUAGGUAAUUUCUCUUUAGAACUUGAUUAUGUGUUCGCGUGUGGAAUUAAUUAA